AUGGGUAUUCAGUAUCAGGGGCACAAUAUUCCAAUCUCGUUUGCAUCAUGCAGCAUCCCUCUAUACUACAAUGUAAGACUACCUCGGACUUUGGAAGCCAUUCGCAACGCCGGAUUCGAUGGCAUAGAGAUUUCCAUGCCAGACAUACUGGCAUAUGGCAGCGAUCUUGAAGGAAAGACGGUUCGCGAGGAUGAUUACGACACCCUCUCCGAUGUUGGUGGGAAGAUUCGCAUUCUAAGUGAUCAACUUGGGCUUCAAAUCCUGAUGCUACAGCCAUUUUCGAGAUUCGAAGGACGGUCAAAAGAUACACACUCACAGCAGCGAAACAAAGCAUUUACACGUGCCAGGGGAUGGAUACGAGUUAUGGAAUCACUGGGCACCGACAUGUUGCAGGUUGGCUCAUCAGACGCAGAAGACAUAUCACCUUCCUUGGAAGAACAUGCCCAGGAUUUGCAAGAGUUGGCAGACAUGCUUGCAGAGAAAGGGUUCCGACUCGCGUACGAAAACUGGUGUUGGGCCACAUACGCCCCAGCAUGGAAAGACGAUUGGGAGAUAUCACACAUGGCCGAUCGCAAAAACAUUGGCCUCUGUCUAGAUACUUUUCAGUCGGCAGGGGGGGAGUAUGGUGAUCCAUCAACCGACUCGGGCUUCAUUGAACACUUUAGCUCAACUGAACUUGACAGCCGAUGGAAGCAUAGUUUGACCGAAUUGGAGCAUACUGUGCCUGGAGACAAGAUAUUUCUGCUUCAGGUUUCAGAUGCAUACAAAAUGAAGCCACCUCUCCGUGACACAAAAGAGAGGGCGAGGUCGGCGUGGAGUCAUGACUAUCGGCCGCUGCCCUUUAAGGGUGGUUAUCUCCCGAUUCAGAGCUUUUUGAAUGCAGUGCUGCGAACUGGCUUUAGGGGGUGGUUGUCCGUGGAGGUUUUUGACUCCAAGCCGAAGAAAGGCUCGUCGAUGGAAGAGUAUGUAGAAGCAGCUGUGCAGUCUUUGACUCGAAUGCUCGUUGCUACCGAGUGA